AUGCUAAAAAACGGACAUCACCAUCACCACCACCACCAUCAUCACCACCGGCUUCCCUCGACCCAGGUGAGCAAGGAUGCUCCGCUCCCGGUCGCCAGCCCCGAGAAGAGGAGGAGAAGGGUCCGCGUGUGGUGCGAUGGAUGCUAUGAUAUGGUUCACUAUGGCCAUUCCAACCAGCUGCGGCAGGCCAAGGCCAUGGGAGAUUAUCUCAUUGUGGGCGUGCACACAGACAGCGAGAUCUCCAAGCACAAGGGCCCGCCGGUUUUCACUCAGGAAGAGCGCUACAAGAUGGUGCGGGCCAUCAAAUGGGUGGACGAGGUGGUGGAGGGAGCGCCGUACGUCACCGCCCUGGAGACCCUCGACAAGUACAACUGCGACUUUUGCGUGCACGGCGAUGACUUAACGCUGACGGUGGACGGCAAGGACACGUACCAGGAAGUCAAAGAGUCGGGACGCUACAGAGAAUGUAAGCGAACACAGGGAGUUUCAACCACAGACCUGGUCGGCAGGAUGCUUCUUAUGACCAAAGCACAUCACAGCAACAUAGACACUUCGGACUACCAGCAGCACACAGAAAACUUUGGGAAGGGUCAUAAAAAUCCGAAGUGUCACAGUCCAUGGACGGGAGUGUCCCAGUUCUUACAGACUUCCCAAAAAAUCAUCCAGUUCGCUUCGGGCCAGGAGCCGCAGCCCGGCGACACCAUUAUCUACGUGGCGGGGGCGUUUGACCUCUUCCACAUCGGCCACGUGGACUUCUUGCGGGCAGUUCACAAGAUGGUGGACAAGCCAUACGUCAUUGUGGGGCUGCACUUUGACCAAGAAGUGAACCGCUACAAAGGGAAGAACUACCCGAUUAUGAACGUCCACGAGAGGACUCUUAGCGUUCUAGCUUGCCGGUACGUCUCCGAGGUGGUGAUCGGCGCGCCGUUCGCGGUCACCAAAGAUCUGCUGGAUCACUUGAAGGUGGACCUGGUGUGCCAUGGAAAGACGCAAAUCUACCCCAACAAUGACGGAUCUGAUCCGUAUGCUGUGCCCAGAAGGCAAGGAAUCCUUCGCAGCGUCGACAGCGGCAACAGCCUGACCACAGACGCCAUCGUGCAGAGGAUCACCAAAAACAGACUACUUUUUCAAGACAGGAACCAGAAAAAAGAAGCCACAGAGAUUGCCGUGAUCCAGGCCAUGCAGCGACACCAUAUGUGCGAGGAAGGUAAAAAGGCCAAACUGCAGAGCUCCAAGAUAGAGCAAGACCUCUCAGAGCAGGCCCGAUAUGAGAUGAACGUAGUCAAAAUCCUCAUCCUGGGAGCUGCAGAGAGCGGAAAAAGCACUCCUAUCAAGCAGAUUAAGAUCAUCCACAGCCAUGGCUUCUCCAAACAGGAACUCCUCAGCUUCAAGCCAUGUGCAAAUGCCAACCAAACAUGCGACAGCCACGCAGACGAGGGGGGAAGCCGCACAGGCGCCACCCCAGGGCCACGGCCCCCACCCAGCCAACCUGGAGGUACGGGGGGGGGUGAGUCAGAGCAGCCCAUCCCUCCUCCCGCAGCCCAGAAAAGGGGCCAUCAUCACCUCCCUUGGAUCCAGGACAGUCCCCCGGGCCACCCACGUUCCCAUCAACCGGCCUACAGGGAUGAGAAGAGGGGACGCACCACCAUACCCGCCCGCCGAUCCGGCCCGCAGCCCCCGAACUGGCACGGCACACCGCAGGACGCCCAACGGCCCACCAAGCCCAGGGCAGGCCAUGGCCCCGUCCGCCUGAACCGCCGGCCACAGGACGGGGGAAUCGCCUGGGCCCCGAUCAACCAUCGCUGCAGACCACCCACAGCACCCCCGCAUACGCCCCCCCACGUGACGCCCGAGCACGCACCCCGGACAGGCGCCACACUGAGCGCCGGAGACCAAGGGAUAUCCACCCCAUCGGCGGGGGACAAUGAGCUGCAGCCCAGGCCCCAGGAGGCCCUGCCGACAGAAGGGCAGUGGCCACGGUCCUAG